AUGGAUUUUUAUAAAGAGAAAAUACAAACAACUCAAGAAACAUUUCAAUAUCUACCAUUUGAAUUAUCACAACAAUAUCAACAAUUAAAUGAAAGUAUUGGACUUAAAUCUACUACCAAUUCAAAUGAUAUUCAUUCAUUGAAACAAUUAUCUCAGGAAAUUUGGCGAUUAUUUCAAGAAAGAUCACUAAAUAAUAAUAAUGAUCUUAAGGAAAUAGACAAUCAUUCUACAACAAAUUAUAAUGAACAACAAUUAAAUUAUCAAAUAAAUUCAAAUUAUUCUUGA